UUCUCACCACCACCAGAUAUAGUAGUAGCCUUCCCUCUUUUCUGAAUUACAAACAAUCUCUCCUUUUGCCACUAAUCUUAAAAACUUUAUAACUUACUAUAAUGUUGAAAGAAGAGAGUAACGAGAGUGGUAAUUGGGCACGAGCAUGUGACACAUGUCGUUCAGCCGCCUGCACUGUCUACUGUGAAGCUGACUCUGCCUACUUGUGCAAUACCUGUGAUGCUCGAGUUCACGCAGCGAAUCGUGUUGCUUCCCGCCAUGAACGUGUUCGUGUCUGCCAGUCAUGUGAGUCUGCUCCGGCUGCGUUCUUGUGCAAAGCGGACGCUGCCUCUCUCUGCACAACCUGUGAUGCUGAGAUUCAUUCCGCAAACCCACUAGCUAGACGUCAUCAACGUGUUCCCAUUCUCCCAUUGUCUGCAAACUCUUGCAGCUCCAUGGCCCCGAGCGAGACUGAUGCAGAUAAUGAUGAGGAUGAUAUCGAGGUGGCGUCCUGGUUACUGCCUAAUCCAGGCAAAAACAGCGGUACUCAGAACAAUGGGUUCUUGUUUGGUGUUGAGUAUCUUGAUCUUGUGGAUUACAGCUCCAGCAUGGACAACCAAUUCGAUGAUCAUCAGUACAGUCAAUACCAGAGGAGCUUUGGAGGAGAUGGAGUUGUGCCACUUCAAGUUGAAGAAUCAACAAACCACCUGCAACAAAGUCAACACAACUUUCACUUGGGUAUCAACUAUGGCUGCUCCACAGGAGCUCACUACAACAACUCCUUAAAGGACCUAAACUAUAGCGCAUCCGUUUCAUCAAUGGACAUCAGUGUUGUGCCAGAGUCACCAGCAAGUGACAUAACAGUCCAACACCCAAGAACAACUAAAGAGACGAUAGACCAACUAUCUGGUCCUCCUACUCAGAUGGUGCAGCAGCUUACUCCAAUGGAAAGGGAGGCUAGGGUCCUGAGAUACAGAGAGAAGAAGAAGACGAGGAAGUUUGACAAGACAAUAAGGUAUGCUUCAAGAAAGGCAUAUGCAGAGAUAAGGCCACGAAUCAAGGGCAGAUUCGCAAAGAGGAUAGAAAUUGAAGCUGAUGCUGAAGAAAUCUUCUCAACAUCGCUAAUGUCUGAGACUGGAUAUGGAAUUGUUCCUUCCUUUUGAACUACUAUGGCGAAGAUGGACUAGAUUGCAUGCUGUAAAAUACUUCUAGUUUGGAUUUCUACAAGUUAUUACCACAUUUACGCAUAUGAAUCCUUAGUUUUGUCACUUUUGUCCAACUAGUACGAGUUAAUUAGAUAUGUUCCUAUAGCUGCAGUGUUUAAACAACAUCUCUCUAAAUAGAUGAAAUGGUGAAAUCUUAUCUU